AUGGCACAAAGCUCCUUCCCGGGGACCAAUCCCUUCCUCGACACCAGCACUAGAGAAAAAUCUCCCAACAUUCAGAAAAUCUCGGAGGACGAAGAAUUUGAGGUGACGUCACCAACCGACAUGACAUUUCGGCGAGCCAACGCCAGUGGCCCGUCGCGCGACAUUUUUGGAGGCAGUGCAUUCGCCGAGGGCGGUUCACAAGCCGGAACAGGGGCAGGGGCGUCGCUGUUCGGCCGGAGUCCCUUUGACUCGGGGCCUCCAGGCGGGGCGAACGAUGAGGAGGACGACGAACAGCCAGCCGCUCUCCCGACAGGCACGGCGCAACAGGGCUUCCCCAACAACUAUGCGCUGGGUCGUCGGACUUCAGUGUCCGCGGAAUCGUUGAACCCCACGUCCGCGGGGUCGGAUAGUUGGGCCCCCCCGCAUCACCCCAAGAGCGAGGACCAGCUGGCCCGGCUGAAGACUGCCGUCAGUGGGAACUUCUUGUUCUCUCACCUGGACGACGACCAGUUCAAGACCGUGCUCGAUGCGCUGGUCGAGAAGCCUAUUCCGGCAAAGGGCAUCAAGGUGAUCUCCCAGGGCGACGCGGGUGACUACUUCUACAUUGUCGAGAAGGGUCACUUCGACAUAUACAUCAAUGCCGCGGGAUCCGUGCAGCCUGGCCCCGAUGGGCUGGGCAACAAGGUCGGUACCACUGGGCCCGGCGGUUCCUUUGGCGAGCUGGCCCUGAUGUACAAUGCCCCGCGUGCCGCCACGGUGAUUUCCACCGACGCCAAGAGCACCCUGUGGGCACUGGACCGGAUUACCUUCCGACGAAUUCUGAUGGAUUCCGCUUUCCAGCGGCGCCGCAUGUAUGAAGCCUUCCUGGAAGAAGUCCCACUUCUCUCUUCGCUGAAGCCCUACGAGCGCGCCAAAAUUGCUGACGCCUUGGACGCCAUUAAAUACCCGGCGGGGGCCACCAUCAUCAGCGAAGGCGACCCCGGUGAUGCCUUUUACCUGCUGGAAUCCGGCGAGGCUGAGGCUCUGAAGAACGGAGUCCCGGUCAAGACCUACCAUCGCGGCGACUACUUUGGCGAGUUAGCCCUGCUGGAUGAUAAGCCCCGUGCGGCUAGCAUUGUCACCAAGACCGAUGUCAAGGUGGCGCGGCUGGGCCGGGACGGGUUUAAGCGGCUGUUGGGACCGGUGGAGGAGAUUAUGCGGCGGACAGAGUACCAGGUGGAUGCAUCCAAGUCUCCUGUUUCUGCAUGA